CUGACCAUUUUUGUGACGAAGAUUUCAUCCUUAAAUUUGGAAAAAAAUGUUUGAAAACGGAAGCUAUUCCAUCCAGGAUUUCAUUGCCUGAUCCUUGUUCAAGUAACACAUUAGCGGCUUCAGACGAAAGGUAUAUGACCCAGGACCCAUCAGAUGUUGGUAAAGUUGGGGAGUCCUCAAAAUUGAUUGGUUCUGAAUUAUCAGAAACUUCAGAUUUGUCUGCUACCGCAAGUGCUUCAGAUUUAUCUGCCACAUUGACUGCUUCCGAUUUAUCUGCUACAGACAUGUCUGUUGCUUUGGCCGCUUCAGAUUUAUCAGGCAAAGUGGAUUCCUUAGAAGUAUUUGAUACUGAAAAAUUUGCAGCACCACAUACAAAAACUUCAUGUUGCACAUCGACUGCUUCAGAUGGAAGGAGUGUGACCCAGACUCUCUCAGAUAUUGGUAGAGUAGAGGAAUUUCCAAAACUGAGUGGUCUGAACUAUCUAAAACUUCAACAGCUUCAGAUUUGUCUGCUACAUGCAAUGAUUGCACUAGUCUGUUGAUACCCCUCAUCAAAGAAACUACGUGUAUUUCCUUUAUUUUCAAAUUUGAUAGUAUCUGUCCAUUGUCAUGUUGUCACACUUUCAGAAUCCUAUUGUUUCGUUUAUAUAUUCUAUUUUCCAGAUCUAUAUGUACUAAAAAUGAUGGAUAAUUUUUAUCUUGUAAUAGUGUGGUACUCACCACAUUUUCAAUUGUGCAAAAUGGUUGAAAACAAAAUAAUACUUGAUUCAAGUUCAGCAAUGAAUUCAGUAAUCUAAUAAAAGAAUUAUGCUUCCUAAUUAGUCCCUCUUAUUAUAAAUGUUGCAUAUAAAUGUUGAGCUACAGGAUUAUUGUGAUAUGUUUUUAUAAAGGAAUUUUUUGUCAGUAUUAAGUUUUCAAUCAUUUAAUAAGAACAUUCAAUCAUUUAAAUUUUAAGUAUAAUUUUGAUAGACGCAUUAACUAUUUUGAGAAUUGUCUGAGUCUUGUUAUUAAUUUAUGUCAUUGUACUGUAAUGUUUUUCUGGAUGAAGUUGUAUAAUAAUAAUUAAGAAUUGUUCUUAUAA